CCGAGAAUUUGAUAUCACUCCAAUUUUUUUUUAUGGGGUUCGAUUGAAAGAAGUGUUACAUAUAGAAAAUAGAUAAAGAAAUAUACGCGAAUAUUAAGGGGAGGUAAAAUCCAAGAAAUUAUAAUGUGCAAGAAAAACCAGUGAAGUAUAUAAAAAUAAACAAUGGCACCAUUUUUAAAGCUCUUUCUUUAUAACAUCAAUCUUGCCAAUUUUUGUAAAACAGGCACUUCUUGAGUCCAGGCUCUUCUGAGUGUUUCAUUACAUCCUCAGCAUCGCAAUCAUUCGUUCGUCGCCGCCAAUUGAGUUCAGAUAAAAACAAAAGAAUGGAUUAAUAAUAUUAAUUUCAAUCCAUAUGGAAUAAUUCACAUUUAAACGUAUCAAUCAAAGGAGUCAAAAGUGUUGUGAAAAAAAAAAAUGAUUUAAUAUCAAGAUAUCCUUUAUAAAUAAUUUUCUAUGAUUUUCCUGAUAAGAUCGUGAAGCCGGCCGGUCGGUUUUCUUAAAAAAUUUUUCAUCUGGAUUUUAAAAAAAAAUUACAAGGAAACAUGAAUUCAAAAAUGGGUAAAACUGAAUGUUACAAUCUUUUUUCUUGUACUCAUUUAUCGAAAGCAAAAAUCCAUUUGAAAGUCGAUUCAUCCGGUGGUAGUAAAAAAUUAUUGAAAUACUGCUCAAAACCAAAUCCAUCGCUUCAAAUAAAUUCAGAAACGGGACAAACAACAGUUUUUCUUCCACCACCAUCAAGAAGUGUACUCAAAUCUUCCAAUGAAUUAGAUGAUAAAAGAUUUUCUUCAUUUAAAAAUAAUAAUGAUUUAUCAAGAGAAUUUUCAAACUCAAAAUUUCCCCUCUAUUCAAAUUUUGAUGAUCACAAGAAACAUCAAAUGUUUUACGAUAAAAAUUCAAUGAAAAAUAAUAUUAACAUUAAUUCCAAUAAUCGUUAUUUGCCAAAUAUUCUCAAAACUAAAAGUACAAAAAAUAAAUAUGAUUUUCUUGAUAUUAAAAAUGAUAAUGAAAAUAAAUCCCUCAAGGAUACAAAUCAUCGAAAAAGAAAACAAGUUUAUAAUUUAUCAAACAAUAUAGAUUUAGAUUUACAUGAUUCAAAAGAAAAAAAUUCAUUUUCUGAGAAGAAACGAAAAAUUGAUACAGAAGUUGAAAUUAAAAUUGAUCGGAAAAAUUGCAAGAAAGAAGAAUUAAAAAUUAAAAAGAAAAUUGACAAAGAAAUUGCUGUGAAACUUGAAAAAUUGGAAGUAAUUGAAGGAAAAAUCGAUAUGAAAAAAGAAGAAGAGGAAAAAGAAGAUGAAAUUAAAAUCGAGAAGCCGAUGAAAAUGAAGACAACGAAAAAAAAUGAAAAGAAAAUUGAGGAAAAAUUAAAUGAAAAUAAUAAACGAAAACAAAAUAAUUCCGAGGAAGAUGAAUCAUUAAAAAAACGAGCGAAAAUUGGAAGAAAAUGUAAAAGCGAAAUUCAGGCAAAAAUAAAGGAUAUUAAAAAGAAAAAGGAAAAUUUAAGCGCUAGAGUAUGUCCAUUUACAUCAAGACGUACAAUUUUUCAAAAAACAUUAAAAACCAGUGAAUCGAAUUUAAAUGAAGAGGACAUUUUUAUAAAUCCCGUUAGUGAAGAUCAAUCUUCAAGUGACAAUGACAACGAAAUUUCUAAUGAUGAUAAUUUUAAAAAUAAUGAAUGUGAAAUUUUUGUCAACGACAAUAAAACUAUUAUAAAACAAGAAAAUAUUGAAAAAGAAGAAAAUAAACAAAAAGAAUAUCAUCAACAAGAAGAAAAUCUUCAAGAAAAAAAUAAUUUUCAAAAUGUAGAAAAUAUUCAAAAAGAAGAAUAUUUUGAACAAAUAAAUUCAAAUAAAAUGCAGGCAUUGAAUGAAAAAACAACAAAUUUAGAAAUUAUUUCCAAUUUCGAUGAAUCAACAAUGGAAUCAUUGGGAAAUAAUGAAAAUUCCGAAACAUCAAUAGAAGAAUUAUUGGGUUUUGAAAAUUUAAAAGAAUUACAAUCAGAACUUGAAAGUUUUGAAGAAUUUUAUUUUGAAAAGAAAAAAAUUCCAUUUCCAGUUGAUGGUGAAUUUUUAAUUCCCGAUUAUUUAAAUUAUAUAAAUCCAUAUGAUUUAAUUGAAUUUUCAGAUGAUUUUCAUAAAUUAUUAAGCACAUCAUUAUUAUGUACUAAUAGUGAUAUUAUUAAAAUAACACCAAUUAAAAUUGUUAAACAUAAAUGCGAUUUAAAUGGAAAUGAAGUGAAAUUAAAUUUUUUCGAUUAUGAAGAAAAUUUUUAUUUUGAUUCACCAACAAAAGCAUCUCAUCUUAGACUUAAAAAUGUUCUUAUCAAUGGCUAUAGUUCGGAAGAUUUUGAUUAUGACAAUGAUAAUCAAUAUUAUAAUAAUUGUAGUAAUAGUGAUUCAAGAAAUGAAGAUAAUGAUGAUAAUGAUGAUGAUGAGGUGUUGAGUAAAAAUUUUGAUGAAAAAAAAUCAUGUGAAAAAAUUAUUAAUGAAAAAUCAUUGAAUUCAAAAUUCAUUGAGAGCUGCUCGGAUGAAAAUAAUAUUGAAGAAAAUAAUAAUAAACCUGAUGAUAUUGUACCUGAUACACCAAAGAAUAUAAAAUCAAAUGACGAAAUAAACAGGGAUUUUGAGAUAAAUAUUGACAGAUUUAAAUGUCAUGAGUGCGACAUUACUUUUGGCAAACAACGCACUUUAGCUAUUCAUCAAAAUAAGACCCAUUUAGGAUUACAUUCUUAUGCUUGUAAACGCUGCAAAAGGAUCUUUAAGAGUAAAAUUCAGUUACAAAAGCAUUACAAAUUUUGCUUUCCUGAAAACAGAAAGAUACUUAUUUGCUAUAUUUGCGACAAACAGUACAGUUAUCAGUCAUCAUUGAGGCAACAUUUGAAGAACAAACAUUUUAUUUUUUAAUUAUUAAAACAAGAUAAAGAUUGAAAUAUUUUGUAUUACACCCGAAAACGAGUUUCUUUCGGAUUUUUUUUUUCGUUCGCAUCUUGAGUAAUUUUUUAUUUUUUUCAUCGUUUGUUUAAGUGGGUGCUACAAAAUAUUAAACAGUGAGCAAAUUUUUUGCUUUUACUGUUGAGUUAAUGUUUAGUGUUGACUGAUAUUCGGAUAAGCACAAAGAAUAAGUGCGUUGAAAAAAAAUUGACAAAACAUUGAAAAAAAAGAUGAAACUGAUUUGAAAAAAAAAAAAUUAAAAUAUUAAUAGAAUAUACAAAAUGUUUAAAAAAAAAAAAUUCUUUUCUGCUUUAAAAAUGUUGAUUACAUAAUUCAAGAUUUUCUACUAACUUACGAAAGUCGUAUAUAUUUUUUUCAAAAUAAAAAAUCAUUUCAAAAUGCAAAAUAUUUUGAUGAAAAAGAAAGGAUAAAAGUAUUUUUUUUCAAAUAGUAAAAGUAAUUUAAUAAAAAUUGUUUAUUUAUUUAUUUUAAUGUGAUUAACUAAAUCACAUUUCUAUUAUACUAAGAGUAUGAAAAAUAUUAUUAAGUAUUCAAUAUUUUUGAAAAUUAUAAUCUUUUAAUAUUGAUAAAUAAUAAUCAUUACCAAAUAGUAAAAAAGAGAAAGAGUAAACAAAAAUAUAUAAACAAAAUGAAAAAAAAAGGAUUUAAAAAUUUAUGAAUAGCGUAAAAAUUUGCUAUUUAUAAUCAUAAUUUUCUUAUAAAGAAAAUUAUCUUAUUUUUUUGACAAAAGUUUUGUUUUGGGAGAAAAAAAAAUAUCAAUGUUUAGUUUUGUUUUAAAAAUUAUAAUUAAAAACCGGAUAAAAGGAGAGAUUAUUGUGUUCGUAAACUUUUUAGUUUUUAAUUAUUUUAUACAACUUUAUUUUUUUUGACUUGAAACAUUUUUUACGUACAUAAAAAAAAAAAAUUUACACAAAAAAAUGUUAAAUAUAUUCUUUUAAUGAUUAUAAUCAAAUUUUUAAUUCUCUUUUUUUUUAAAGGUUUUGAUUUUAAAACGCAUAUUUGUAGAUAAUAAUAAUAAUAAUUUGAACAGAAUUAGACUUUCAGUGAGUUGCAUUUUUUUAAAAUAUAAAAGUUCAUUUAAUUUUUACAAAAUAUUUAUAUGUGUUGAUAAUAAAAUGUGUUUUUUCCAUAGAUCAGUCAAAAAUUGUAGCAUCUACUGGCAUUCGUUUGAAAAUUUUGAAUCUUUACACUGUUUUUCUUAUAUUCGACAAAAAUGUUUUAUUUUUCUGUGUUUAUUUUAUUUUAAUAAUUUUUUUUUCUCUCUCCAUUUUCCGUGUUUUUUCCUCUACAUUUUUCUGUGUUUUUUUUUCCUCAUUUAAUUUUAUGACGUCUAUUGGAUUCUCUCAUAUAUGUUUUUUUUUCUUAUGUGCUUUUUGCAGUCUUUUUUUGAAAAUACAAAUUCUGCGAAAUUUGACCUAAAUUUAAAAAGUGUAAAAUAAUUUAAGGGUAAUAUUUAGAAUAAUUUUUUUUUUUUUUAGUCUGUAUGUAUGUUAAUUAUAUAUAGAAGUAAAUUUAUUUAUAUAGUUUUAACAUACAAUUUUGCAAUAUUUAUCAGAAUGCAUAUUAUUAAAAAAUACAUUGGCAUAAUUUCUUUUGUCAAAAUAGGCCUUUUGCCUUUUACUGUGGCAAAAAUUAUUUAAUUUUUUCCAUUUCUUCAGUUUUAAGAAGAAUUUUGUUUUAAAAAAAAAUUAUUUACUAUAAUGUUGUGAUUUUAUAUUGUUAUACAAUAUAAAUACAAUAAUAUUUGUAAAAAUUUAAAAAUCCAGAUAAUUCGACACGAAAUUUAAUUGUAAAUUGUUU